GUCAUCCACGUCCACACUAUCCGGUCUCCAGCCGACUCCGAGGUCUCACGACCAGCUGAAAUGGCCUUGGAGCCGGAUCCUCUCGAAGCAACCCACGCUCGUCCCGGACAGAUAGUGCCCAGAGCCAUCAGACUCACCAUCACCGAAGCGCGACAUUGUCGAGUUGAUCAGUGGAGACUGCAGACAUCUGACAGAUUUGGGGUCCGAGCUUUGUCCAUCCUUUCGAGCGUGCCAGCACACACACACAGUUGGUCCUAUCCGAGGCCCCCUUCCACCGCGCCGAUACACACUUGAUUCCUCGUCGAGAACCUCCCUAAUAACGGCGUUCUUCCAUCUGACAUUGGGAACCGUCAGUGGGGAUCAGGAGAUACAUGCAAAAGAAGUCCUUUCUUCGACCGCUUUAAACCUGGCGUGCGUGCCAGUGACAUGUCCCCACCCGGGCUCUGGUCGUCCAGGCCAAACCACCCCUCUCACGACACUCUCCGUCAUGACUGCCUUCGACGCCUCGAAUCCGCUCGUCGAGAUGAAGAUCACGUCCGCCGUGUGCAGCUCCAUCGCGAUUGCGUCGACGAUAUGCCGGCUGUACCGUCGGCGACAUCGACUCUGGGCUGACGACGCAUGGGUUCUCGUGGCCUUUGUUGCGCUGCUCAUACAGAUCGUCGCUGUAUUCUUGCAUGUCCCGAUGCCGAACCACCUACCACGGAAGGAGGGAGUGGCAGUGUACUAUCUUAUGGCUGCCACGUUCUACAUUAUCAUCUGGUCGUCCCGACUCAGCAUUCUCUUCUCACUCGUGCGCCUGGAUCCGGACCAGCGUCGGCGGAGGCGGCUGACGUGGAUCGCCGUGCCGUUCACGGGGGCCAUCGUUUUCUUUCUUGCCCAACUGCUCUGGACGUGCGAGCCCGAGCCCUCAUGGAAGAAGGCGCCGAAUCCGCAGUGCAAGCUCCCGCUGCAGGUGGCUCUGUGCCAGCUGAUAACGGACGUUAUCGCUGACGCGAUCCUCUUGGUCGCGCCGAUUCCCCUUUUUCGAUGCUUGUCAGACAGACCUCUGCGCCGCAAGCUGACGAUCAUCUUUUCGACUUGCGUCGUGACAACGAUUGUGUCUCUCGUUCAUGCCGCAUUUAUCCUGCGAAACGGCGGGGUCAAGGUGGUCAUCUCGGCUCUGGUAGAGGACUGCAUGUCGCUUGUUGUCGCGAAUCUGCCUGUGGUCGUCACUGCGUUUGUGAACAUGGACCAGGCUGACACGCAAGAUCAUAUAACGACGACGACAGCCACCCUCCACUUCAAUACCUUGCCCCGAUUCGCUAUCAACCCCUCCACCACCAUGCGUGACACUGCAGUCGAUCUGCCGCAGGCUGAAAUUGGGCUGGCUGGCCACGCCCGGGGCGACAAGGCGACGAAGAAGACAAACAGCAUAUCGUGGGAGCCUGCACUGCGGCGGGAGGACAAAGCAAAUUCGACCUUCUCAGAGACUGUCCAUCCGGAGACUUCGUAAAGACGUUUUUGUCUGUCUUAAAUUAUGUGUAUUAUUGUACUAAUCUGUAAUCAUGUAAACUGAUUUCCUUCAUUGUGAUCUGAUUUGAUUCGAUAGAGCAGAUUACAGGUCAAGUAGAUGGUCACUUUUGGUUUUUGCGGCGGCGAGCCGGUCCGCGACAGCCUUCAGAUCGUCGUUAUACAGAGGUUCCUUCUCGAAUCCAUUGAUCACCACAUCCAGCAUCGCGCUGCAGCAGUCCUCGAGGGCGAUAGUCGGCCAGCCGUUCUUCUCCGCCGUGGGCAGUAGCUCCGGCAACUCGGCGCGCUUCUUUAUCAGUCCCGGCUUCACGGAGCCCGCCUUGAAGCCUGCGUGCUCUGCGGCGAAAGCGAGCACGAGAUUCUCGACGUCGCCCUGCAAUACGGUAUCUGUGUGUGAGCGCCACAAAAACACGUGCCAGUCGCAGCAUUCUCACGCGCAUAAGGUGGGACCGGGACGAAGGUCCUUCCAGCUUCGUGCUUUGGUCCCGGACGGCCGUCGCUCCGCUCAUGUAGAGAAACUGGAAGGGCGUCGCGGGUCCCGCGGCCGCGAUCGUCUGCAUCCCGAUGCGCGUGGCCGUGUGGCUAAUGCGCACAGCCUCUUCGUGCCCCACUUUAGCGUAGUUGGGCGUCUUGACUCCGACCGUCCUGUGUGCGUUUCGGUCUGAGGUUUUAUUUCCGCGCUACAGCAAAUCCUGCCGCGCUCCACGCACCAGAUGCACGCGUCAGCGCCGGCGAACGCGUGCUUCGCCUCCUCGGUGUACUGGUCGUAGUCGGGCACAAUCACGCUCGUGAACUUGCCCGCGGGCGCGCCCUCGGGAAUCGUGACUGGCGAUCGCGAAACCGUGACCACGCUGGUGAUCGCGGCGUGCUUGGCUGCCAGGCGCAGCAGCUCGGUGGCGACGAAUCCGGUUGCACCGGUGACGAUGAGCUUCAUGGUGUAUAGAUGUAGGUGAGGCGAGUAGCUAGUCCUAGUGGCUUGGACAUGGUCGUUCAGUCGGUGUCGAUUUUAUCUUGGACGAACGGCGGAAGCAGACCGGACUGACAAGUUCGCG